CCACGUUCUCGCAUCGCCGCUACAUCAACAAUCCAUUGAACAUCCUCCGCCAAAAGUUCGACACCGCCUAAUUUCCUCAAUCCGAACAACGCCAGAACAACAGCCAACAUGUCGGGCACUCUUCACUAUCUCCCACCAGUCAAGCCAUCAGCCAUCGCGCUCGGCACUGUCUUCAACCACGUCGCAUCCCUCGCCGUCCUUGGCCCACUCUUUGGCGAGACCUACCGCCGCGCGCAGGCCGCCAACUCUGCCGAGGAGUUCUUCAAGUCAAAGGAGGCUGCUAGCGCUGGUGCUGCCUGGGGAACCUCGCUCAUCGGAUCUGCCGUUCAGUCGUACGGUGUUGGUGCUCUGAUCAAUGCUACUGGUACUCUGUCCUACAAGGGCGCUGCAUACCUUGGUGCCUUGAUCUUCGCUGCCUCUUCUGCCCCAUCCUUCAUCGCCCAGGUCACCACCGAGAAGCGCCCACUCGACACUGUGGCCGUGGGUGCUCUGGCCCGCGUCUUCGAGACUGUUGGUCUAUCCAUGUUCCUCACCUGGUGGGGAACCCGCACCAACCCAUUCGGCAACAACCUCCAGUAGAUUGGAGUAGCUGAAGAGCUGUAAUGCAUGGUGAAAUAGCAGGAGUUGGCAAUCGAAGUUGGAGCAAAGGCGGAGACUCCACUGCCGUAUGCUUGGCCACAUGCCAUCCCUGAGAAUAGUUAGCAAAAAUACGAGUUCUUUGUGUGUUAGAAAGUAACGAGAGCCUUGAAAAAGUCCCCCUUCCCGUACG